AUGGCGGAGAGCAAUGAUAACAACAGUGUCGCGUAUACACCCGCCGAACCACUACCUAUAAACUCGGAUCCAAACCGCGUGUUAUUCGCAUACUGGGCCCCCAACGUAUCCGGCGGCCUCGUAAUCUCCAAAGUCCCCCAACGAACAAACUGGGACCUCCCCUCCAACAUCCGCUACGCCCGGCUCGCCGAAACGCACGGCUUCGAAUACGCCCUCACGCAAAUCCGCUUCACAGCCGCCUACGGCGCGACCAACCAACACGAAAGCAUCACGCUGUCGCAAGCGCUGCUGCACCACACGGAGCGACUAAAAGUCAUCGCGGCUAUCCUACCAGGUCCGCUCACGCCCGUCGUCGUGGCCAAGCAAAUCGCGUCCAUUGACAACUACACCAACGGGCGCGUCGCCGUGAACAUAGUGUCCGGGUGGAAUAAAUCCGAAUUCAUGUCCAUUGGCGAGUGGUGGCUGGAGCACGCGGAGCGGUACCGGCGGUCCAACGAGUUUAUCCGGUGUUUGCGCGGGAUAUGGACGGCGGGGGCGGACGAAGGGUUUACGUUCAGAGGAGAUUUUUACCGCUUUACAAAGUAUCAUCUCAGUCCGAAGCCGCUGCAGAAGCCACACCCGGAGAUUUUUCAAGGUGGCAAUAGCGAUGAUGCGAGGGUGAAUGGCGCCGAGGUGAGCGAUUGGUACUUUAUGAAUGGGAACAACUUGGAUGGUUUUCGCGAGCAGAUUGCUGAUGUCAAGGCGCGGGCGGCGAGGGUGGGGCGGGAGUCCGAGGUCAGAUUCGCGGUUAAUGGGUUCGUGAUUGUGAGGGAUACCGAGGAAGAGGCGUUUCACGUGCUGCGUGAGAUACAGGGCAAGGCGGAUACGGAGGCGGUGGCUGCGUUUGCGCAUGCGGUUAAGCAGGCGGGUGCCAGUACGGGGAAUAAAAAGGGCAUGUGGGCGGAUAGUAAGGCUGAGGAUUUGGUGCAGUAUAAUGAUGGGUUCAAGACGAAACUGAUUGGCACGAAGGAGCAGAUUGCCGAUCGGAUCUUGCUGCUCAAGGCGCUGGGUGUGGGCUUGGUGCUUACGGCAUUUUUGCACUACGAGGAAGAGGUUGAGCGGUUUGGGAAGGAGGUGCUGCCGUUGGUGAGGCAGUUGGAGGCAGAGGGGAGGGGGAGGGAUGUAGAGGAUGAGAUUGCGAGGACAGGGUGGGUGUAUGAGAAGAAGUGA